CCUAUAAUCUCUAAAUGAUCAACGAUAAUCGAAAUCCACCAUUCUUUUAACAACCAAAUCAAAAUCAAUAUAAUAUCAUACUACCUAAUACUAAUUAGCCAGUUAUAACUUAAAGAUAGACAUAUCCAAUUUAAUCUCCAACAUAACCCAUUGUUUAACAGCCAUUGCAGUUUCAACCAUAAUUUCCACUUCCACCAUAAGUUAAUUAUGUACCUUAAACUAUUUAAACAAAACCAAAUGUAUUACCAACUGUCUACUAAGAGAAAACAACCUAAGUAAUUAAUAUGGAUGGUAACAAUCUAAAUUAUUAUUUUAGAAAUCGAAGCACCUUGGAGAUUAAAAUGUGCAACAUUAGAAAGAUAAAUUUUAGAAUUACAAAUUUCAUUACGAAAAGGACCAGGCCCUACUGAACCAGAUGCUAUUGAAGUCAUAGAUGAUACUAGAUUAAGAGAAUUAGAAUCAAAAAAAGCAUAAUUAUAAUAAAUGAUUCAAGAUAGAGAUAGAGAAAUAUCUGAACUUGAAAAUCAAAUUCAUUAAUAAUAAGAAUCAAUUGAAAUACAAAUUUAAGAAAGAACUGUUCAUUAUUCAAAUGAAAUUGAAACCUGGCAAAAAAGAUAUUAAUAAUUAGAAAGAGAUUAUUCAUAAUCAUAACGAUAACUCUAAGAUUUACAAGAAGAAUAAAAAAGAUUAGAAAAAUAAAAUUAAGAUGUUCGUGCAUCCUAAUAAAGAGUUGGGUAAAAUAGAAAUUAUUGAAUCCUAUAGAUAAAU